AAGUGGGGUUACUAAUUUAGGGCAUAAUGCCCCUUAAAAUAAUACAUGUCAUUUAAUUAAAUACCAUAGAACGGUAAUCUAUGUUAAAAAAAUUGGACAUUGUACUUUGAUUACAACUCAACUAAAAACAUCUCUAGGACUAUUUAAAUAGAUUGGAUGUGUAAAGUUUUUCGAAAUUGGUUGCUUGUUCCGAUUCAGUCAACUUACAUACUUACAUAAGGUUCAAUCAUGAUCAAUACAGGAAAAUUAGCUGGACGCACUUUGUUCAUAACAGGUGCAAGUCGUGGUAUAGGAAAAGCAAUUGCUUUAAAAGCUGCCAAAGAUGGUGCAAAUAUUGUUAUUGCUGCUAAAACAGCUGAACCACAUCCAAAAUUACCGGGUACAAUUUAUACAGCUGCCAAAGAAAUCGAAGAUAAUGGUGGUAAAGCGUUACCCUGUGUAGUGGAUGUUCGUGACGAAAAUUCUGUUAAGAAGGCUAUUUCUGAAGCUGUCCAAAAAUUCGGUGGUAUUGAUAUCGUAAUUAAUAAUGCAUCCGCAAUUUCUUUAACUGCUACACCUGACACUGACAUGAAACGUUACGAUUUAAUGCAUAAUAUCAACACCAGAGGAACUUUCUUAGUAUCCAAAGAGUGUUUACCAUAUUUAAAGAAAAGUGAUCAUGCCCACAUUAUAAAUCUUUCACCUCCUUUACUGAUGACUCCAAAUUGGUUUGCACCUCAUGUGGCAUACACAAUGGCAAAAUAUGGUAUGUCAAUGUGUGUGCUAGGCAUGGCCGAAGAAUUUAAACCAUACGGUAUUGGUGUAAAUGCAUUAUGGCCACGUACAGCAAUAUCUACAGCCGCUAUGAAUAUGUUAAUGGGCCCUGAAUCAGCACAAAGCAGUAGAAAACCAGAAAUUUUAGCUGAUGCUGCCUAUGGAAUAUUAUGCGAAAAUCCAAAAACAACAACUGGAAAUUUCUUUAUUGAUGAUGAAAUUUUACCGAAAUUUGGUGUUACUGAUUUGAAACAAUAUUUGGUUGACCCUACAUAUGAAGGACCUUUAAUACCUGAUUUCUUCGUUGAACCAACUGAAGAAUCAAAAGAAUAUUCGGGUCCACAAAUUAAUGAGGGUGUCGGUGGUUUAGGGAAGGGAAAAGUUGAAGCUAAUGCAACCGGAGGAAAAAUAGAAGGAUUAUUUUCAAAAAUAAAGGCUACCAUUAAUCCACAAAUUUCGGAAAAAUUGAAUGCCUUGUAUGAAUUUAAUGUAACUGGUAAAGAGCCAGGAGUUUGGCAUAUUGAUUUACGAACAGGAAAUGCUGCGGCUGGUCCAGGACCAGCUCCGUCUAAACCUGAUGCCACCCUAACAAUGGAUAGCGAUAAAUUCUUCGAUAUGUUCAGUGGAAAACUAAAGGCCACUACUGCCUUUAUGACUGGAAAAUUGAAAAUUAGUGGCAAUCUUCAAAAAGCAAUGAAAUUAGAAAAACUAAUGGGCAGUUUGAAAGCGAAAUUAUAAAGUACUAUUUAUGACACUACUUAAAAGGUUUAAUAAAGUUAUUAGUGUGUCUUUCUACUGCCAAUCUAUUAUCGAAAAUUCUUUAGUAUUUCAUUCAGAAUAUUGAUUGUGUUUAACAGUCAGAUAUAUUCAAAAAACUAACUGAGCUUUGAUGUA